GAAUAUAAUUCUUGCAUUUGCCACUACUCUGCGGCAUGGUCUAAUUCCAAAUCUACUUGGUCAUGGAAUAUGCGCUCGAUACAAUUGUAGAGAUGCUGUCUGGUGGUGGCUGCAAUGUAUUCAGGAUUACUGUUUGAAGGUUGAAAAUGGAUUGAAAAUUCUCAAAUGUCCUGUAUCUCGACUUUAUCCUACUGACCAGUCUCCAGCUCUUGACGUAGACGCUGUGGAACAGCCCCUGUAUGAUGUCAUUCAGGAGGUCAUGCAGCGCCAUAUGGAAGGUGUACAGUAUAGAGAAAGAAAUGCUGGACCUCACAUGGAUUCACACAUGAAAGAUGAAGGUUUCAACGUUGCUAUAGGGGUGAACCAAGAAACAGGCUUUGUUUUUGGAGGGCAGCGAUACAACUGUGGCACUUGGAUGGACAAAAUGGGGGAGAGUGAAAUAGCUCAAAAUAAAGGAAUUCCAGCUACACCAAGAGAUGGAUCUGCUGUUGAAAUAGUUGGCCUCAGUAAAUCAACUAUUCGCUGGUUGAUGGAACUGAAUAAAAAAUCCCUGUUCCCUUACAAUGGAGUGAAGGCAUAUAAAGAUGGAAAAGAAAUAUUUAUAAUGUAUGAGGAGUGGAACGAAAAAAUAAUGGAGAACUUUGAAAAGAACUUCUUCGUUUCUGAAGAUCCAGAUGAUCCCAAUGAAAGGUCUCCCAACUUGGUCCACAAAAAAAACAUUUACAAAGACAGCUUUGGUGCUUCCAGCCCAUGGUGUGACUAUCAACUAAGACCAAAUUUCCCUAUAGCUAUGGUUGUGGCCCCUGAGCUUUUUACCCCAGAAAAAGCAUGGAAAGCUUUAAAAGUUGUAGAGGAGAAGCUGCUUGGACCCCUGGGAUUGAAAACAUUAGACCCAGAUGACCAAGUUUACUGUGGUGUAUAUGAUAACUCUUUCGACAAUGGCAACUUCAACGUAUCAAGAGGCUAUAACUACCACCAAGGACCGGAAUGGCUGUGGCCUCUUGGUUAUUUCCUACGUGCAAAGUUGCAAUUUUCAAAAAUGAUGGACCAGGAUUUGUAUGAAGACACAAAAUAUUUAGUGAAGAAUAUUCUUUCUCGUCAUUAUGAUUACUUGGAAAAAUCUCCCUGGAAGGGUCUUCCAGAGCUUACAAAUGAAAAUGGAGGGUACUGUCCGUUUAGCUGUGAAACUCAAGCCUGGUCACUAGCUACCAUCCUAGAAGUACUAUAUGAGCUGUGAAGUGCAGUAUUUUUUCCCUUGACGAUUGCAAUACAUGAGCUAAAGGUGUUCCUUUUGUGUCCCUCCAUAGUAUUUAAUACCAUUUGCCAUUUUAAUGUACAGUUUGUGAUCCAAUUAAAAGCAGUUGAUCACAUCAGUGGGACAGGACAGUUGUGACGUGAAGUGUUAUGUAAUCUCAUAUCCUUUAUUGUGCUUAAGUGAUUAGUAUAAAAGUGUUUUAAAUUCAUGAUCUAAUGUGGCUGUGAGAUUAACUGACGUGAGUAUUUCUGCUUCUUUGGCUAUUAGCAAUAUUUGCACUGAUCUGAAACUUGCUGUAAAAUGUUAUGACCCAACAGUGCAUAAGUCUGAACUUCGAGCUUGAUGUUUGAAAAGCUGAUAACAGCUUAAAAAGAACGCACUGUGCAAAAUCACAAUUUGAACCUCAUUGUAGCUAUCACCAUUUAUUGUGCUUAACAGCCAAGAUGCAUUAAUCUAAAUUAAACAUUACAAACUAAUUGGAAAGUUAGAAUUUUGUAGCAAUAUUUAAGCACUUUCCAAAAUGUUUUGGUUGAGUAGCAAUAAUAAGGUAAUGUGUCAGUGAAACAUUAUCUUGCAUUUUACUGUGCUCAAGCUUAUUUUAAGCCCAAUGGAAUGAAAAUAAUUUUAAGCACUUGCAUGAUAUUUGCACAUUUAGAACUGUACGAUUAAAUUUUAAUACUUUGUGCUUAAUGGAGUGGGAACUGGGUGUGUGAUAUAUUCAAAAUGUUGAUGGUACUGUUCGUCUUAACUUCUCAGUAUUGAGAUUGUGAUAGAGUAUAGGUACAUAACCAUACUAUAUAUGCAUGUAUUUUUGUAUCCAAUUAAGGUGGAAAAUUGAAAACACCAAUGUCUAUGAUUAUCUGUAGCUAAUUUCAGUAAUUCUAAGAAUGUCAGCAAAUGAGAUAGUAGAUUUACUUUCAGUUUCUGAAAGCUGCGUAAUGAGGUGUUCCAUGCUGUUCAUCUCAAGUACUGUUGUCAAAACCAGAAUUGACUACUUUAGUGUGUUACCAUGUGCACAGUCUAGGUUUGCCUCUUGAUUUAAUAAGUACUUGUACUGGACCAUGAUGUGGAGGUGCUGGUGUUAGACUGGCGUGGACAAAGUCAAAAAUCACGUGACACCAAGUUAUAGUCCAACAGGUUUAUUUGAAAUCACAAGCAGCCUCUUCAUCAGGUGGAGUGAGAGGAGAGCACACAGCACAGAUUCUAUAGGCAGACAAAUCAAAGCAUCAUAUAACUGGUGUGAGUGGAGUGAACAAACUUAAAAUGGCUGACUGUCUGCCUCCUGUUGAAUCUUUAAUCAUUCAUACAUUCCUGCAUUGUAGAAAUUGCAGAAGCAGGGUAAGGAGAACUCUGUUAGAAAGGAGACACCAGUUUCGAUUUAAGAUGCAAAUUCCAGAAUCUGUUUCAAGUCACUGCCCUGAGAAUAAUUAAAGGUUUCAUCAUUGUCUGCCUAACUUUCCAAACUUCAAACAAGUUUCUUGAAUGAAAUGGAAAGUAUCUGCAAAUAAACAAACAUGGAUGAAAUGAUUCACCGUACAGGUUUGUGUUUGUUUUUGCGUUCAAGAAACACACAAUUCGUUGUCAGUCAGUAAGUGUGGUAUUUUAUAAAUUCCUGCUUUUGGAAUAAAACCAGCCUGACUCCAGAUUAAAACUCUGAAGACAGAUUCUGAACAAGGCCUCACACCUACAAUUCAGUGUGUGACCUGAGAUGUUACCUUUUAUAUAUUCCUAUCACUCUGUCUGUUUGAAGUUUGGAAAGUUAGGCAGACACUGAUGGAAACCUUUAAUUAUCUCCGGGCAGAGACUUGAAACAGAUUCUGGAAUUUGCAUCUUAAUCGAAACUUGCAUUUCCUUUUUAGCAGAGUUCUCCAUAUCCUGCUUCUGCAAUUUCUAGAAUGCAUGAAUGUAUGAAAGAUUAAAGAUUCAACAGGAGGCAGUCAGUCAGCCAUUUUAGGUUUGUUCACUCCACUCACCCCAGUUGUAUGAUCCUUUGAUCUCUCUGCCGAUUAACUCUCUGUCUAUGUUUUCUCCUCUCUCACUGCACCUGAUGAGGGGGCUGUGCUCCAAAAGCUUGUGAUUUCAAAUAAACCUGUUGGUUUAUAACCCGGUAUCAUGUGAUUUUUGACUUUGUACUGGACCAGGCAAAGAAUGACAGGUAAACUGAUUGGAGGAUAAGAUCACGGUGCAAAUACCUCAACUUUUCUAUCUUCAUUCCUAAGUAUAGUACAUAAUGUACAUUAUUCACUAAAACCUUCCAAAUAAUGAAGAAAUUAGCCAAACAAUCGUUUGAAAAUGGUGCCACUUUUCAUCUAGAAUUUGGGGAAGGUUAAAUUUCGAAUAUAGCAAUGGUUUCUGCAGCUUUUUUUGUAUUGAGGAGGGAUGGCUAUAAAACCAACAGAAUAUGACAUUGUCUGCAGAUAUAAGCAAAUAUUAAAAACUCAUUCAGACUA